AUGUCCGACCUCCAACGCACCUUCCUGAGAAGCAAGCUGAGCAAGCUCCCUCCCGUCCCAGCUUUCUCAGAAGACGAGGAAGAACAAGCAGAGCUUUCUUCUGGUGAGGCUUUCGCCCAGCCCUCUACCACUGCGUCAUCCUCAGCAGGCCCAUCACGGCACCGCCAACGUAACGCAGAAGACUUCUCACCACGCACAGCAGAGGGGUACUUCGAAGAAGCACUCGAGGUCGAUCUUCCUUCCCAAUCCGGCGGAUCGAUUGCUUUUCGAGUGUACUACACCCCACCGAAACCCAAGGCUUCAGCACCACUAGGCCCACCAGCAGCGGAGCCUUCGAUGAAAGACGUGGAUAUCAACCUCGACUCUCCUUCCUUACCCACACUUCGCCCCGGUGUUGGGCUUCCAGUAACUGAUGACCAAGAUGAAGGAGGAGCACAGCCAACCGCACCAGCAGCAAAUCCAGGCACCCUAUUCGUCUUUCACCAUGGAGCAGGAUUCUCUGCGCUCUCCUAUGCGCUCACUGCUGCUGAAAUUGCAAAGAUGACCGUUGGCCAAGUCGGUGUUUUAGCUUACGAUUGUCGAGGGCAUGGCCGAACACGUACAAGUAACAUGCCCACAGAUCCGUUGGAUAUGUCUAUUGACACGCUCUCGAGCGACCUCACUUCUCUACUAUCGACGAUGUUCCCGAAGACGGAAGAAAUGCCUUCGCUUGUGCUGGUAGGUCAUUCGAUGGGUGGGUCGGUAGUCGUCUCUGCCGCACAUGCACUUUCAUCGAGAGGAUUCAACCGGAUUGCAGGAGUAGCAGUUCUAGAUGUGGUAGAGGGAACCGCGAUGGACGCUCUCAGUGUUAUGCGUAGUGUUGUCCUUUCCCAUCCUUCCGGGUUCUCUUCGGUUGAGGAUGCGAUUCGUUGGCACGUGGAUUCUAAAACAAUCGCCAACGUUUCCAGCGCCCGAAUCUCGGUCCCUCCUCUUCUCCAGCCCAAUCCUGCCUACCGCCCUUCCUCCGCUACCGCCAAAGAAGAAGAGGAGCCGCAAGAAAUCCUGUCCUCCUCCUCCGCCUCUCCCACCGAAUCUCAGGAGGGAAAAGAACAUGCUUUGAAAUGGAAAGCAAACCUUCUCGCCACCGAGCCUUUCUGGCGGGGAUGGUUUGAAGGCCUUUCCUCUCGCUUUCUCUCCGUUCGCACCGCUCGACUGCUGUUGCUAGCCGGAACAGAUAGGCUGGAUAAGGAGCUGAUGAUAGGUCAAAUGCAAGGAAAGUAUCAAUUGGAAGUGAUUGCGGAUGUGGGACAUUCUUUGCAUGAAGAUGCGCCGGAGAGAACCGCAAAGGUUUUGGUCGAUUUUUGGAGGAGGAAUGAAAGACUCAACUUGCCGGUGAGGGUUAAGAAAGUUGGCGAGUCAUAG